AUAAUUUCUCAAAGAACUAUUAGUCGUACUCUUCACAAAGCUAACCUGGUCUCACAUGUUGCCCACGUAAAGCCUUUUAUUAGUGAUAAGACUAAAAAAGAGCAUAAAGAUUGGGCAGAAAAGUAUCUUAAUUGGACAACUACCGACUGGAAGAAUGUUCUCUGGUCAGAUAAAAAGUAUUUUACUUUAGUCCAUUCUAAUCCAUAUCAGCAUGUAUGGAGGAGGCCAGGUGAAGAAUUUAAUGAUGAUUGUCUU